AUGUUGGUCCUCCCAGGGCUGCAAGAGCGCCUGGCGGCCCUGCAAACGUCGGCGGGCGAGCUUUCGGUGCUCGUCGACCGCCUCGCGAACCUGACGUUUCAGCCCGGCGCCCUGCCGCCACCCGGGGAGAACAGCGAGGAGGCCAACGAUCUCAUCGCCGAAAUCAGGCAGCACAUCAGAGCCGGCUUCGAGGAGCAGGAGCUGCUGAUCGCCCGGUCGGGCUUCGCGCGGCCCGAGGGCCACGAGAAGGAGAGGCUCCUGGAUGGCCUGGCCCGCGUGGGCGACGACCUAACACGAUACCGCCACGAAUUUCAAAAAGCCCGGUCACAGGCGAAGAAGCGCUUGAUCGAGGCCCGGGAGCUGGAGAGGCAGCUCGUUCGCCAAUCCUGGCUCGCGCCGCCGGUCCCCCCCGAACCCGAGACGCAAGCCGAGAACAACGACGAACCUACCACGACUGCCGCCACGACCACGACCACCGCCCAACACCACCACCGCUCCCCCCGAAGCGUCCGCCGGAGCCGGUCGGCGACCGGCAGCGGCCUCACCGAUGCGGACCAGCAGACCGUCGGCGCCAGCAGCAACGUGACGGCGUCGCUGCGGCGCGCGCACGACCUGAUCGCGUCGGAGCUGGGGCGCAGCGAGUACGCGCACCAGACGCUGAGCGAGUCGACGGCGGCGCUGCGGCGGCUGGACGACGGGUACGGCGCGCUGGACGACAUGCUGGGCCAGUCGCGCGCGCUGCUCGGCUCGCUGCUGCGCUCGCAGAAGAGCGACACGUGGUACCUGCAGACGGCGCUGUACAUGCUGGCGGUGACGGCCGCGUGGCUCGCGUUCCGGCGACUGCUGUACGGCCCGCUGUGGUGGCUGGUGGUGCUCCCGCUCAGGCUGCUGUUCGGGGUAGGGUCCGCGGCGACGAGGGCGGUGAUGCCGGCUGGCGGCGGCAAGUCGGCAGGGGUGGGGACGGGGGGUGUUGGUGGUGGUGGUGAGGUGGAGGUGGAGGUGAAGGGCGUGCCGGACGAGGCGCUCCCUACGAUCAGGGUGGAUGGAAAGGAUGGUGCGGCUGUUAAGGAGGAGGUCAGGGAAGCCGUGGAGGAGGCUGUGAAGCAAGUUGUUGAGCAAGUCGAGCCGGCCUCAAAGGAGCCAGCCGAGGAGUAUGCAGCGGACGAGACAGGAGCGGAUGGAGGACAAGAGGACAAAGCCGCAGAAGAAGAGGGCAAGGCACAUGAAAAGGACGAAUUGUAA